AUACUAUUUUUACACUAAUCUUGGCCGUAAGCCAUAAACGGUGCCCUCGCGUUCGUAUACUCGAUUUAACUUCGGCCGGGAAAGUAUAUUUUGUGACUAAAAAUUUUGAUAAGAAAUAAUAAAUAUAUACCCUUGGAAAGUUCACUACCAUCAAUGAAAGAUCCGUAAAUGUUCCCCGAAGAGUUGCGAGUGUGACGGAAAUAGCAACGGAGCACAUCGCUGAAGUGUGUUUCAGUCGAACGUAUGAUGGCGCCGUGAGCGUCUCACGCGUCGGCCAUGGUGUGCCACAGAUGGACGCUAGCUCUAAUUUUAUUCUCAGUUCCUCUAUUAGUGACGGUAAUAAGUGCAUUCCGUGUACGUUUACCUGGAAGUUCUCACGAAGUCAAAUCAGAAUUGAGAAGGCAUAAAUGUAAGGAUUGUGAUGUGAAUGACCUUAACCUUGACCCAAUUUUAGACAAUUUUAAAAAAGAUAGUGCAAAACGUUCUUUUGAAGAUAUUAAGAAAGUUCUUCAAGAUAAACGACAUUUAAUUGAGGAAAAGUUAAGUAAAACUACAUUUGAUAAACACAAUAUUUCUGAAGACGAUGAUGACAAUAUUAGUGGUUUAGAAAAAAGUUCUAUUGAAAGUGUUAAAUUGCCAAGUGAUUCCAAAGUUAAGACUAGAAGUAAAAAAGUCUCAGUAGUUUUAGACUUUGACGAUGACGACGAUAGUGAUAUCGAUGACGAAGACGACGAUGACGACUAUAAACAUAAGGAAAUUAAAAAAGGCAGUUCCAUAGAUUCUAAAAAGAAAGUUGAUAAAUUACCACAUAUUUAUAAAGAUGUACCUUUAGCAAAAUCUAAAAUAAUAGUUAAAGAAAAAAUUGAUAAACACGUUAAGGAUGACGAAGAUGAUGGUAAAGUAAAAGAAAAGCAAACUGACACAAAAGUUCAUCCGAAGCCAAAGAUUGAAAUUUUACCCCCAAAAAUAAUACAAACAGACACCCGGAAAUCGAAAGAUGAAAUUUUAAAACCUGUGAAACAGGAAAAAAAAGAUGAGUUACACGUAGAAGAAGUAAAAAAGAUUAUUAAAAGUUCUGAUCAAAUAUUAACAAAAGUUACGGAAAAAACAACGAAUAUCCGACCUAAAGAAUUAAAUAUAGUCAAGCCCCCUUCUGACAAAGUUGUUUUAGCAACGAAAGAUGACGUAACCGAUAAAGACCAUACUAUACCGAAAAAAAUUGAAAAAAAAAUACUGCUUAAAAAACUAAAAGAGGAAGAUAUAGAAAUUGACUCAACAAAACCUGAUAAAAUAGAAGAGAAGGCUAAAAAGGUUGUUUUUGAAAAGAAAGAAAAGAUUAAGAUUGUGGCUGAAACUGAUAAGAAAAAAGAUUCUGAAGAAGUAGAUAUUGAUAAAAAGACAAGUGAAACUAAGAGUGAUAGUAAAGAUGUACGUUUACAACACUUAUCAGAUGCUUUGGUUAGACGUAAUUUAUUUAAAAGUGAAUUUGAGGAUUUUUAUUCAUUUUUUCCUACAUUUGCUCCAAAUUUUUCUCGUAUACAUAACCCUGAGUGUCGGCGCCACGGACAAAUAUUAUUAAGACAGUUACGUGGUACAAAAUUAUGGGCAUUAAACAUGCUUGAUGCAACAGCGAAGAUUCCCUCGGGGUUGUUACAAGGUAAUGGCAUACAGUUGGGUGACUUCGACCAGUGCUUGGGGAUUCGAGCUAGAGUACAAUUAGACACGGGAAGUGUGGUCAAGAUACAAGGGAAAUAUUGCUUAGCUAUGGUCGACGUGAAAGCUGAACAUCCUGAUUUAGAAGCACCGAUACAUUUGGCACAAGGGAGAAAUUUAUUCAAGAGUAGAAUUGAUGAUCCAGGUCACUUUGUGCCGCGUUUCUCCACAUUGAGCUGGGGAGUAUGUGUUCCAUCGCCAUGCGGUCCAGAAGACGUCGAAGUGGUACUUAGAGAUGCCAUCAAACAUUACCAGUACAAAACUGGUAUAAGUGUACGAGUGAAGGUUGAUGAAACGGAUUGUCAUAUAAGAAAAGCUGCAAAUUGGUGGAAGGAAUGGCUGAAUAUGCCAACUUUAUUGACGCUAUCGUUCUACGCGAUGGUGAUUAUAUUAGUACUAUUGGCGACUCUACAAGAUUACCUUGCAAGAAAUACUCCAGAGAGUACGGAGGGAAAAGAUGAAGAAGAAAAUAGUAGCGAGAAAGGGGAAAAGGAGGAAAUAAAAAAAGACAAGGAAAGUUCAGGUGGACUUUUAUACUCCUUCUCGCUUUACAAGUCACUUGGCAAACUGGUAGCCCCAGCCAGUAGCGAUGAGAUAGCUUGCAUUCAUGGCCUUCGAGCUGUCGCCACGAUUGCGCUACUGUUCGCCCACAAGUUUCUGCCUGUUGGUUUGACGCCGUAUACCAAUCGGCUGAGGCUAAGUGAGAUCGUGUCCUCUCCGUUCUUGUCAUGGUGUCGGGCUGGAUGGAUGUUCACUGACUGCUUUUUAUUACUCAGCGGUACUUUGACCUCAUAUCGCAAGUCCACGAAUGAUACAAUGGCAGCAAAGUUACUUUCGAGAUAUAUCAGAUUGACCCCAGCGCUCUUAGCAGUGGUACUCUUCUAUGCGUAUGUGUGGGAUGACAUUUCAUCAGGACCGAUGUGGGGGGCAUUAGUGACGAAGAAUGCGGAAUUAUGCCAAAAAGGAUGGUGGUGGAACCUGUUUUAUAUCCAGAAUCACUACGGCUUUGAAGACAUGUGUGCACCACAAACACACCACAUGGCGUUGGACUUUCAGCUUACAAUUAUUGGAGGUAUAAUUGUAUGGGCGAUCCAGUCUGAAGUCCCUUUUUCAUCCACCGUGAUGCCAAUCCUCCACCUACUGUCUGCCUAUUCAAGAUACACAACAUUCAGAGACCAUCGUCUUUCGGUUUUGGCAUAUCAAGGAAUUAGUGUUAGUCAACUAUAUCGUACCGGCCGAUUGAGCUAUACUUCAGUAUUACAUCGAUGCUCUCCAUACUUUAUAGGACUAAGCUUGGGACUUGCACUUAGAAAACCUUCAAGUCUUACAAAGUUUGUCAAUAUCCUCGGAUGGUUUAUCAGUAUCAACCUUAUGGGUCUAGUAUUGUGGGCUGGUGGUGACUCAGGCUACUUCGACUACCGGUAUGACGUGACAUUUGCGUCAUUAUAUGCAACAUUGGCUCCAUUAGCUACAGCUUUGGCCAUUGCUUGGUUGGUCUAUAGUGUCCAUAAUGGUCAUUCUGAAAUGUUGUCGACAUUUUUAUCUAGUCGUCCUCUUCUCUUCAUAAGUCGAAUUUCCUAUGCUUUGUAUUUAGUACAAUUCAUCGUUUUCCUCACGAAUACUGCCACUAUACGAGCUCCUAAAGAAUUUUCUCUACUAUCACUGAUUGAUCUUCAAGAACUACUAACAAUAUUGAUGGGUUCAAUAAUUUUGACAAUUACAUUAGUAAUCCCACUACAGUCGUUACCAAAACUGUCUUUUGGGUCUAAUCCUGACGAGAAAGAAGACAAUAAAGAACCUUCGGAUGCAGAACCAGUACAAAAUAAUAAAAAUACUGAACAAAAGAUUGAGCGAGACGAACAUGUAAAAGAAACCCCUCAACUAAGGAGAUCGUUUUUAGCGCACAGGGAAGUUUUAGAAGAAAUACCUGAAGUUGAAGUCGAAUAUGAAAUACAAAGAGAUUCCAAUGAAGGCCUUGAAGAAAUUUUAGAAGAAGAAGACGAGGAAGAAGAAGAUCGGGAAACAAUCAAUGAAGAAGAUUUAGAGAUCAUAGAAGAAGAACAGGGUGAAUCAGGGGAAGACUUUUGGGCUGGAAGACGGCAGUUUUUGACUAGACGUACUUUUUCUAAUGAUCAAGAUUUAGAUGAAUGGGAAUGGACAGCAAAUGGGAACGAGAGAACAGGAAGUCAAGAAUAUCGAUACAACAGAUAAUCAAUUUAUAAUUUAAAUAAAAUAUAAUAAUUUAAAAUU